AACAUGGCGGCCACCAGCGCCAACGUUGAAAAGAACGCGGGGAAAGGAAAGAAACAGAAAAAUGCUUUGUUGAAAAGCAUUCCCCCUUCUAUUGAAAAAUUGAGUGAUAGAAUUGGUCUGCGGAAAGUUCCAGAAGAUUAUAUUAAAACAUUCCUUCGAGAAAAUGUUCCUCAAUCAUCAUAUACUAUCGACAAAUUUAAAGAAUAUGUGUUCAGCUUCGACAAGUUUAAAAGACGAAAGACUGCGGUUAAGCAAAAGAAAAGAAAAACUUUGCUAAAUGCAAAUGAGCUGCGUAGAUUAGCCAUUUUUAAGUUGGAUCCUGAAAGUACAAAAUUUCAAACUUUCAUACCUGUUCAUGAGAUGUGGAAGAAAUACAUGAAAGAUGUACUUCAGCUCACUGAAUCACUUCCGGAUGAUUUGUCUGGAAUCUAUCAGAAGUUACUCCGUGCUGAUUAUCAUGGUUGCAUGCUUGCUGUAAUUUCAUCACCCUGUGCUAAUUAUGUUGGUUCUAAAGGUAUUGUUGUGCAAGAAACCAGGAAUGUUUUUCGGUUAAUUACUGAAGAAGACAAAAUAAAAACAAUUCCAAAGAAAGGCACAGUGUUUGGAUUUGAAUUUUGCAACAACGUUAUAAAAAUAUAUGGAGACAAUUUUUGUCACAUUCCAUAUGAAAGAACUAGAAUCAAGUACAAAACAAAAUCAAUUGUACAGCCCUAAAUGAAAAAGAAGCCUAAAAGGCCAUUAUUCAUGAUAUAAAAAGUUGUAAAAAUGGCCGAGUUAAAAUGUUAAUCUGCAAAAAUGAUUUUAAUUAUGAGUAAGCUGUUCUGAUGCAUUCAAUUUUAUUUUUAUGUAACCAUGUGCAAUUAAUGUUGUGAUAAAAAUAUAGGCUGAUCUGCCAGUAAUUGACCGUUGAAGCACAAAUAUGUACAAAACAAGAAUAAAUAAAUUGAUAUUCUUUAUCUGACUGCCAGAACUAAUUUCUAGCAUCCCAUAAAAUGCUCUAUUAUAGUUAUGUUUUAGCUAAAGUUCUGAUUGGAAGGUACACUUUACAAAGCCAUCUUAAAAAACUUUCUUUCUAGAGAUAAUUGUUAUGAGAUGAAAUGUUUAAUCGUAUUUCUCGAGAUUAAAUUUAAUUCAACUGAUUCAUUUACUGAAAUAUGCUGAUCAUCCAUGUUUAUUCGGAAUAAAUAAAAAAAAUUAAGAACUAACCAUUUAUGCUAGAAUUAAGGGGUGGGC